UUACGCAUGCGUACUGCAACUCUACAGCUAUAGCCAUUUUGUCAAGGACGAAGGCUGAAAUUUAUACAGAUUACACCAGGGGAAAAUCCAGUCCGUCUGGAGAUAUCACUAAAAAUGUGGUUUUCUUUAGUUACCUGUUGUUUAUUAGCUUUCAUCACAUUGCCAACCCGUGCUAAUGAAGAGCCCAAAAUUGAAAUACUUCCAACCACAGACCCCCUCAAGGUUCUAGAGGGUGGCAAGCUUGAAAUAACAUGUAAAUAUUCCACCAAGGCAGCAAAUUACCAGCCUAACUCCUUGAUCAUCAAGAGAUCUGUUGAGCGACAAGGAAACAUAGCGAAUGCAGUAAAACUGAUGAAUCUGGGAUUCGAGACGCAUCGUUCUACCAGUCCAUCAGCUACUGCGUCGGAUUGGACUGUCAUCACUCUGAAAGUCACGAAAACUGGACCCCAGCUCACAAUCCAAGACACAGGCCGUUAUUACUGUAUUUAUGAGGAGGUUUACAAAUUCUUCCAAAAAGAUGUGGACAUCUUCAGAGUGUCCACACCUUCUAAAGUCGUGUUCAAUGAGACGAGCAGCAAGCUGAGCUGUGUUCCGGAAUUCAGCACUGAGACAACUGUCAGGGAUUACACACUGUCCUGGAACAAGAAUGGCACAGGAACGCUGGACGAUACUUUGAAAGACAGAUAUGCACUGGAGGGGGAUAUGAAGGAAAUUCUUGCUAUCACAAAACCUGAAUGGGGAGAUCUGGGUUCCUACCAGUGUGUGUUUACCUUCACCCCCUCCCAACAGGUGGUCGUCCACAAUAUUGAUCUCAUGGGACCACCCACUGUGAAUGCCAAGAGCUUUGACUCCUCAAAGAACUAUGUACAAGGGGACAACCUUAUCCUUAAGUGUCCAGUGACGGGAUACCCCUACCCUACCAUAUCCUGGCUUCGUGACGAGGUCCUAUUGAAUGCAGGUGACCGUGUCGUCAUCAGUGAUGAGGGAAAAUUGGUCAAUGGCAAGCUGACCAUCUACAGUCUGGAGUUUGAGGAUAAGGGCACUUACAAAUGUAUGGCAAACUCAACCUACGAAAGUUUCCAGUCAGCGUCAGCAUCAACUGUGGUCAGGAUCAAGGAUCGUCUUGCCGCCUUGUGGCCAUUCCUAGGAAUUGUUGCCGAGGUCAUCAUCCUCUGUAUCAUUAUCUUCAUCUAUGAGAAGAGGCGUGGAAAGCAGAUGGAAGACGAAGCUGACUCUCCAGACUACCCAGCAAACACUCCGGAUCCCCGGGCUGAUGAAGUGAGACAGAGGAAUGUGAGAACCUAGAAGAAGAGAGUUACAUCUACUAGCAGAAACAAAAUACUGACUAGAAAUCGGCUGAUUUCUACAGGACAUUAUAGACCCAUGCUAUGGAGUGUUUCAAUAACUUCAGGUCUUGAUUUGCUUUUUGGAAGCAAUUUUGGAGUUUAACUUUUAAAAAAAGAAAAAUUUGAACAAUAAGCCAGCGUCAAAAAUAACUCAAAAAUGUGUGAAAAGUGCAAGGAGAAAGUAGAUAUGUUUGUCUAGUCUAUUGGACUUGUUUAGUGGAGAUGUAUUGGCGUAAAGUGUAUGUGAAUGCAAGUAAUUAGAUUAACACUAAAGAUAACAGGCCGUUACAGAUCAGGUAUGUGUCUCGUGUCUACGCUGAUAUUACCGUCAGUCUGUCACAUGGGUCUAUUGUCCACACUGAUAUUACCGUCAGUCUGUCACAUGGGUCUAUUGUCCGCACUGAUAUUACCGUCAGUCUGUCACAUGGGUCUAUUGUCCACACUGAUAUUACCGUCAGUCUGUCACAUGCAUUUCUCUUGUGUGUUCAUUAUGAAAGUAAGGAGAAUGUGAUUGAGUGAAAGUUUUUAUAAGGUAUGCAUGUGAUUAAAAGAAAUGAUGCUUUGUUUUGUUUUUCUUAAUCUUAAAUAAUCAGGGUUAAUUUGUUAUAAUUAUGGUAUGUUUUUUCUUGAGUACAUAUACAGCUGUAUUAUACAUGUACCUGACUUUUCACAUAUGAUAUCUGUAAUAUAUAUAUUUUAUUUCCACCAAAUAUUUGAUUAUUAGAGUAUAUAUUGCACUUGCAUUCACUAACUAAAUAUUUAUCUAAAGGAAAUGGAAUGAAAGUAUGACGUACUGGUUGGUCCUUUUAUACAGCCUACCAGAACAUACAAAGUGCUACACAACACUCAACUAGUAAGGGUUUAGGUAACUAGUAA